CGUCGCGGUCACACGUGCAUUUAACACGAACAAGUUGCUUAUUUACGUUAAAACAAUAAAUUAAAAAGUUAAUUAGUGAUGUGUUAUAAAUAUAUAUAUUGAAUAUAUUUGCGAUAAUAAAAGAUGUUCCAAUACGAAUAUGAAAAGCGACCGCCGUCGCGCGACAGUCGGACAGUCUCGCCGCACUGGCAUUCCAGGCCUUUACCACCCAGACCUGAAGACAUUCUGCCAGCUAAAACCAGCGUGCCAUUGAAAGUUUGGAUCAUAGCGAGUGCUUCGUGUUUCGCGGUGUGCGGUGCGCUGGUCCUCGCGACCAUUGUUAUCACCAGAUGGGGAACCAGUGAGAGCUACGCACCGAGAGAAAUAUAUGCCGAAGCCAGGGAACCAAUAUACGCAAACCUUCAUCCUGAACUACGACCAACAACGGAAGCUGAAGAAUCUACAUCACAGGAAACGGACAAUGAGAUCCAAUACCCUAUCCUCGAAAAGCUGUCCAUAUUCAAGAACAUAGUCGCAAAUCGGGAUAAAAAGAAACAAGAAAAUAACUUAAUAACGAAACCACAGCUGCAUCCCAUCCACGACACGUCCUUACAUCACCCGGAGAAGAAAAUAGAGAAGAAAGAUCAAGCAAAAUUACCUCAAGAUUUCAUCCACGUACCAGAAUUCAAACCUACACUCCCAGAUGUUUUUAUAGAGGAUUCUGAAAGGAUAUCUGAUACUUUAUCUGGAAUUAAAAAAGCCGAAUAUAACUACGAAGAAUAUUAUAAUGAUGAAAAUUUAUAUGAUGAUUACAUGCAAAGUAAUACGAUGACGAGUUAUUUGAUAGAAAAAGUCCAAGAACUCCACGAUUGGAUCACAACUGACCCAGAUUUCGAGGACAGGGCUGAUAAACCUAAAACUGGUAACGAAUUUGGACAAUUGUUAAAAGCACUGAACGAUAGUCUGAUUGAAGGUAAUGUAACGAUCGUAAUGACGAAGCUGAAAGAUUUGUACUUGGGAGAGAAUUUUACAAUUACACAACAGAGUAGAAAAGUUAUAUUGAGUAAUAGUACGAAUUUGCUGUCGUUUGGGAUUCUUACAUUGGAUGUUAUGCUGCUCCAUAAUAUUCAACUGAUGGCGUGGGAGUCUCAGGAAUCAGCUCGUCAGAAAAUGUUGAGAGAUCCAGACGUUUUCGCUUUCAAUGCGCUUUUCAUGGAACCCAGCAAGGUUGAAGCGAAGAGGAAUGAGAUUUUCCAUCAAUAUGAUAAUACUUUUGGGAAACGUCAAAAUCGUUUAGACAUUGACGACCUUGACAUUGGAAAGAACCUUCUGGAAAAUGUACUGGAAAUCGGUAUGAGCACCGCCCGUGCCGCGAUACACUUAGGCAGAGCAUUCAAAAACACAAAAAUUGUUUUAAAUCAACUUUCGAAUAGGGAAUCAUUAAAUGCCAACAUACAAAAUCAAAUAUCCCGCAACAUUGAUGCCAACACGCAUGCGCUGAAUCACCUACAAUCGUCAUUUAACAAAAAUGACAGUUAUAAUGUUGCCAGCAACAAUAACGGAGUUUACACAGAUUUGGAUUGCGUUUGGUUGCUGUAUUGUAAGAAUCUUGUCGCCACAGCGAAAUUAAGCCCUCCGUAUGGGACUAUGGCCAGGAUUAAUGGGUUGGCUCUACGCAUGCUGACCGGCGAGCUACCAACCGACCGUGCUUUGGAUACGAUGCUCUAUGAAGUGUUGACUGGAUGGAAGGAACUUAACUGUCCAGAAAUGUUUCCAAGAUGCAGCAAAACAAAUGCAGCGACCGUGGUCUUGGAAUCCAUAAUUCAGCCGCUAAGGAAAUCUCAGACAAACAACAGAUUGUAAAAUUAAAUAUAUAUAAAUGAAAUACGAUUCAAAACAAACGCGCCGCAAAUAUUUUCAUGGAACUUACGAUGCCAGCCUGAGUUAUUAUUAUAUACAAAUAUGGACUUCGAAUAUUGUGUAGGCAUUUUAAUUUCUUUUACCGCAAUUAAAAUGCGCCGUGGCGUAAUUAUUGUGAAGUGCAAUUAGCGUUGCAACAUUUUAUCAAGACGUCAAAUGUCAAAAGCAAAUUUUCGCGCCAAAUCCAGUGAAUAGUGACAUAUGUUUAUGGGACCAAUGUUUUUAGUAUUUUAUAUUUAUAAUCUGUUUAAAUUUUGAUAUAUCUAUCAAAUAUUAUUUAAGUAGUACAAAAGUAAAAAUAUAGUUUUAAUUUUGACUGUUGUAUAGAGGCAAUUUUUAAGGUUUAAUUUAAGUAAUAUAAAAGGCGCUCAAAUUGGGUGUCUAUGUUUAUUUAUUUAAAUUAAGAAUCUAAUUUUGGUGUCUUUUAAAUAUAAUUUUUUUAAUGAUCAUAGACUUCUAUAAUUAUUAUUUAAUUAAUUAUAUUGUUUAAUUGACUCAUGAACAAAUAUUUUUUUUAUCAGACGAUAUACAUGUAUUUUCUUAACAUUAAAUUUACAACUUUUUUUUAUUAAGAUCAAAGUAGGAUUAUAUGAAAUAGUUUCUAUUAAAUCGCAAGUAACUUGACAAUAAAAAUAGAAACAGAACAAAAAUUAAGGUUAGUCUAUGGUCAAACGUUAUAAUAAGGAGGAUUUAUGUAAUAACUUUAUUUUUUAUUGUACACUGUUUUAUCAUAAGCGAAGAUGUGACAAGCGUGAGCUGAAUUGUUAUAGACUGAUGUAAUAAAUAGUUUUUAUAU